GUGGCGUGCUGCGAUUUGAUUUAACCGUGUGUGUUUAUGGUAUGGGCCGGUCACUCACGUCGUCACGAAGAAAUACAGCACGCCACCAGCCACCACCACUUGCGCUCCAACGAACAAAGCACAAGUACACAAGCGCUACUUGCCUAUCAGACCACAGGUAGGUGAUUCCAACGGAAAAAGUCGAAAAAGAGAGAGGGCACCACGCACCACAAGACAGACGAGCCGAGGCAGCCCCGCACACUCCCUCCCUCCCUCCCUCCCUCCCUCCCCCUCUCCCUCACUGCUGCCCUGCUCUCUCGACAGACAAUACAAUAAGACACUGAUGGAUUGGAUGGAUGCAUGAGCUGAGCUUUGUAUCGGCCGGUAGAUGGAUGAGUGGCCUGGCCUGGCCUGGCCUUUGGCUACAGAGUGCCCCGUCUCCUCUGCUCCUCCUCUAUCGACUCGAAUAGCGCCUUGAAGUUGCCCUUGCCGAAGCUCUGCGCGCCUGCAUGGCAUGGCAUGUACCGCCCCACACACACGUGCAUUGCAUUGCAGGGGCGACCGACAUAUACACAUACACACACUCCUUAGGUAGGUACGAUCGUCGAUUGUCCGUCCGUCUGUCGGCCGUACGUCCGUCCGUACCUUUUCUUUGUAUGAUCUCGAAGAAGAGCGUGGGGCGGUCGCACACGGGUUUGGUGAAGAUCUGCAGCAGGUAGCCGUCCUCAUCGCGAUCCACCAGUAUCCCUGCACACCACACAACACACGACACGAGACGACACGACGCACAAACACGCAAAGCCGUGGCUUGGUGUACAGAUGCAUUGCAUUAAAACAGACCUACCUUGCUGUUUGAGUGCCUCAAGGUCCUCGUCAAUCUGCCCGCAUCGGUCUGUGACGGUGUCGUAGUAGGUGCCGGGGACAUAGAGGAACUCGCACCCCCUCUGGCGCAUCUGGCUGACGGUGCUGAUGAUGUCCUUGGUCGCAAUGGCCACGUGCUGCGCACCCGCCCCGUUGUUGAAGUCAAGGUACUCCUCGAUCUGACUCUUCUUCUUGCCUGGAUCAGAUCAGCCAGCGAGGGGGGGAGCGGGCAGUGAGUACAUUGGCACGCACAGAGAGGGACGGACGAGUGUAAUGGUGGUGGGGUGUGUUACCUUACCUUUGGCAGGUUCGUUGAUGGGGAAUUUGACAUAGCCAGUGCCGCUGGUCAUCACCUGACCCGACAGACAGACGGACGGACACACGCAUCGGUAUCCGGCUGUCGUGCCUCAUGCAUGGGAGGGAGGGUGUGAACCAACCGACCUUGCUCAUGAGUGCGGUGUAUUCGGUGGAGAUGUCCUUGUCGUCGAACGAUAUCAGGUUGGUGAAACCCAUAACAUCCUCGUAGUACUUGCACCACCUACCCACACAAUCACACACACACAGCCGCCCGCAUCCAUAUUCGGGCUUGCCGUGCCCUCCCGUGCGUGAUCCGAUCCGCACCCCACCCCAAGCCACCCACACACUUACUUGUCCAUCUGCCCCCAGUCGACAUUGCCUACGAUGUGGUCGAUCCGCUCCAGCCCGACUGGGGGGGCCCUGAACGGCGGGCUCCACGGCUGGAAACCCGGCAGAAACAGACCUGCACACACACACAAGUCAAGGGGCUGUGCUGUGCUGUGCUGUGGUCACAAAUAUGUAUGUUUGUUGACUUGACUGACGACCUCUACCACCGUACGUACCGUUGUAGUUUUUCCUUUCGAUAAAGACGUGCACCACAUCUCCGUAUGUCUGGAUACCGCUCAUGACGACCGUCCCGUUGGCGUCCGACACCUCCGUCGGCUCCAUGUGGGCCGGCGCGCCGCGCUUGGUCGUCUCGGCGAACGCCUGACGCGCGUCGGGCACGCGCAACGCAAUCGUCUUGACACCUGACACCACACACAGUCGGAUGGAAUGGAUGGAUGGAUAGAUGGGAGCAUGUUUGCAACAUAUGUCUGUGUGCUGUAUGUGUGUGUGUGUGUGUAUGUGUGUACCGUACAUACCAUCUCCAUGGGAUGAGACGAAUUUGUCGAUGUGCGAGUUGGGCACUAGUGAUGAUGUGAGCACGAGUGUCAUGUUGCCCUGGCGCAGGACGUAGCUGGUCUUGUCCUUGACGCCCGUCUCCAGCCCGCUGUACGCCAGCGGCUGGAAACCCAUCACCGACUGAUACCUGACCAACCAACCGACCACACCGACCAGACGUCGACGUGCCUGUCGACCGCCCUCUCUGCAAAAUGUGUGAGCGUGUGGCACCAGUGUGCGGCUUGUUUGGCGUUGCUGCAGUAGAUCUCCAUGUGCUCGAACCCCUCCAACGGCAGAAAGUCACCCGCACCCUGCACACAAUACACCCCCAUCCAUCCAUCCAUCCACCUCCCAUACUAUCUAUCUCAUUGGAUGCAUCGCCUUCCCUCACCGGGAAGGCCUUUGUCGGCUUGUCUGCUGUCGCAGUCGCCACUCCUCUGCUCGCGUCCAUCCUCACCCCAACCCGCCUCGCGUAGGACGCGGCAGCAGCAACAGAUGGGGAGUGGCCGAAUGUCCGCAGUGGGCGGACGGCGGUGAAUGCUGUUGGUGUGGUUGCUUUGAGAGCCCUGUUGAUGAGUCCGCUGCUCCAGGCCGACUGCAGCAUUACUAUGGCUGCGAGGAGGGAGAGCCACACACGCAGGUGAGGCGCUGGAAUCUUGAUGAAAACAAAGAUCGACCCAGUUGCUGGCUGGACCGAUCAACACAACACAACACAACACAACACAAGCGGGGAACUCUCGACGAAACUCCCUCCUUU